UAUAUGAGUGUAUAUACAUGCAACAGCUUGUGUGUAUUGAAUUCUAUAAUAACGGCAUAUCAACACACUGCACAUUCGACGUGAUAAGUUUAUGAUAUAGAUUUUAAACUGGCCGCUUUCUAUAAAAAUGAUUGUUUUCCAUCUUUAGCCGAAAUGAGAAGAAAAAGAAAGAUUACUUGUGUGGUUUUAAUUUUAGUUUGGUUACUUGGCACCACGUAUAUUUUCUGGGAUGGCAUGGUGGAAAACUUCGGAAGCAGCAAUAAGCCUUUUAAUUUAAAGUCAGUAAAAGUAGACGAGUAUUUAAAAGAAACAAGUGAACAAGAUGUACAAGAACCAAUGAGAAAACAUGCAUUUAAUAUAGUUAUAAGUAACAAACUCCCACCUGAUAGAAGUCUUCCUGAUGCAAGAAGUUCAAGAUGUCUGUCUCACUUUUCCAGCAUUCCACAGUCUUUGCCUACUACCAGCAUUAUUAUAGCUUUCCAUAAUGAAGCUAGAUCAGCAUUACUCAGGACUAUAGUUAGCAUACUGAAAAGAACUCCAUUGGAAUUAAUAGCAGAAAUUCUACUCAUUGAUGAUUUUAGUAAUAAUCCACAAGAUGGCCAGUUAUUGGUGCACAUUCCUAAAGUAAAACUAGUCAGAAAUACUAUCAGGGAAGGUUUAAUAAGAUCACGUGUUAAAGGAUCGAAGCUGGCUAAAGGUAAAAUAUUAACCUUUAUGGACAGUCAUUGUGAAGUUAAUGUGGGCUGGUUACAACCAUUAUUACAGAGAAUUAUACAGGAACCAAAAUGUAUAGUCACCCCAGUUAUUGAUGUUAUUGAUAAAGAUUCGUUUGUUUAUAUACGAGCUACAGAAAUAUUACAAGGAGGAUUUGAUUGGAGUUUAAAUUUUCGAUGGGAAGAACAGCCAUAUAAAAGAAAGGUGGAUGAAAUAAAACCAGUGAAAACACCUGUAAUAUCUGGCAGUAUCUUUAGUGUUAAUAAAGAUUGGUUUGAUAAUGUAGGAAGAUUAGAUACUAAAAUGGAUAUUUGGGGUGGAGAAAACUUUGAGUUAUCAUUUCGAACCUGGAUGUGUGGAGGUAUGAUGGAGAUUAUACCAUGUAGUAGGGUUGGACAUGUUAACAGAAAACAACAUCCGUAUAUCUUUCCUGAUGGAAAUGUUAAUACUUAUCUCAAAAAUACUCGUAGAACAGUGGAAAUAUGGAUGGAUGAAUAUAAAAGAUUUUUCUAUGCAGCAAGGCCAUCUUCUAGAAUGCAGGCAUUUGGAGACAUAUCAGAAAGAAGAAACCUAAGAGUUAAGUUACAUUGUGAGAACUUUCGAUGGUAUCUGGAACAUAUAUAUCCUAACCUCAAGUUACCAGUAAGUGAUGAAUUAGCAUAUGGUCAUAUAAAACAAGGUGAUUAUUGUAUAGAUCUUGACCCAGGUCAACUACCAGUUAUAACUAAAUUGAGAUUCUGUAGUGAAUCCAAAAUGGCACAGGACUGGUCAUGGAGAAGAAAGGGUAUUAUUGUUAGUAAUGGAAUGUGUUUAACCUCUGACCCCUUGGUUACACAUGAUUAUGUUGUUGUUCAGUUUUGUAACUAUGGCGAUAAUCAGAGAUGGUAUCGUCAUUUGAAACAGAUAGUUCACGAAUCUACAGGAUUGUGUAUUGAUAGUCGUGAUUCAGGAAAAGGACUGAUAGUUGCUGAUUGUGAUGAUUCUUUAGAUACUCAACAAUGGGAACUUACUGUUGAAAAUCCAGCCAGUUUAGAAAAAGAAUAUUUAGACAAUACUUGAACAGCUUUUAAAAGGUUUUUUUUUUUUGCGCUUUGAACAAGGAAAUAAAAAAAAUGAAAAGUGGAGUGGUGGAGCCAUGAAAGAAAAAGAUUUUGAACAAUGAAAAGUACUUAAGUGGGAAAAGAAUAGUGCAAUUUAUUAUUUAGUUUUGGUGCUAUAGUUUUAUUAGUGUUAUAUUUUGAGUAUUUUUUUUUAAUUUGUGCCAAUUAUUAUUUUUUUAUUUACUAGUCAAAGUUUAUAGAAUGUGACUGAUGACAUACUUAUUUAAUAGCUAACAUUAUUUUUGGGUUUAGUUAAUAGACUGACUGAAUUUACAUGUAUUUUAAUUUAGUGGCUGACCUUUUUUAUUAGGAAUUAUGGGGUAAAAUAGUCAGAUUUUUGUCAAGGUUUGCUAGAUGAGAACUGUCUCUUUAUGGUUAAUCAAGACGAUGUGAACAUAAAAAAGUAAGCAAUUGGUUGCUUCCAUUUUUCAAGCGACCUUGGGCAAGAAGCUGAGUCUUCUAUCAGUCAUGUGAUAGUCAUAGUUACAACAUGUGAUAUAAAUAAACAAUAUGGCUGCUUCUUUAAUGUCUCUUCUAUCAUGAGUCAUGUGAUACAUCAUGCAGUCUUUUUCAGGCCAUUUUGUAUUUGAUCAGUCACAAGACCAUGCAGUCUGAAGAGAUGGAAUGAAACAAUCCUGAAAAUAAAGAAUAUGAGUUAAUUGUAAGAACACAUAGACUGUUUCUAGCAAAUAAGUGGCUUCCAGCUGCUCACAAAUUAUUUAAAUCUAGGCUUAAGAUUUUUGAAUCAUGUCAAAUUUGUAGCAUAUAUCAUUGUUGAAUUUUUAAAAUGUGUGAAUCACAUUAUAGUAUGAAUUUGAAUGAAAUCCAUUGUAUUGCAUAAUAUUAUAAGUUUCUGUAAAAAGUUAUGUAUACUGUAAUUGAUUUAUCCGAUGUCCAUCAUCAAUGAGUGUGCAUACCUGAUAAAGAAACCAAAAAUUGUGUUAAUAAUUGCUUCCUUUUUUAGAAAUUCUUUUUAAGUGCCUGGGCGAUUAUUAUGUUGAGUACAUUAUUUUUAAGAAAUACUAGAAAAUCUCUGUUCCAUCCAUUCAGCUAUUUAAAUAUGUGGAUUAAUGACUUUCUGCAUACUAAUUGUAUAACCAUACAUAUUGUUUUAUUUUUAUGUCUUACUGUGACAAAUUUUAUCAUUUUAUUUUAUAUUUGAAUUAAUUAAACUUAUAUAUUUAUAUAUAUCAUGAAUUAUGUGCCAAAUAUUGCAUUCUAGAUAUUAAUCUUAUCUUCCUCCAGUAAAGUAUGUAUGUAGGUAGUCUUAUUGCAGUAUUCAGUCUUCUUCUAUAGCUAAAGUAUAUGGUGUAGAAAUAUACUGAUGUCCAAAAGAAAGUAUACACACUAAAAGUAUGACUAAGUUUUGUUUAGAUUAAAAACAUUUGAUAAAGCAUUACUGAGUGUGUCUCUUGCGUCCAAACUGAACAUUUCUAAGUAAAAUAAAAAUGUGAAACAAAUUGAAAUUCUAAACAAAUACCGUAUACCAUAUAAAAACGACUUUGGUUGAUGCAGCACAAAAUGCACAGUGUAUACUUUCUUUUGGACAUUAGUAUAGAUUUAAUAUAAAAUACCCCAUAGAUAAUUGUUGAAUAUUAAAUAUUUAAUUCUAAAAUAUAAACAAGUAAUUAUGAAUCGUAAAAUUUGAGAAAUUCAAAUCACGACUUUAGUUAAAGUAUCAAUACAGCCUUUUGUAUGUCUAUUUGAGGGGUUUAUAUGCUGGUACUAACUGAAAACGUGAUGGCAUUUAUUUGCAGGAUUUUAUGUUUUUAAAAUUCAAAGGAGGUUUUCUGUGUUUAAGGAGGUAAUAUGACAUAAUUUGACUUUUUAAGCUUGUAGGGGUUGAGUGGCUAAUUGGUUUACCAUGUGUGCCUUAGAUCAUAAAAUCUGUCAUUGAGUCAGUUGACAUGGUUUUGAUUGUAUGUGACAAGGAAUAGGGUUGUUUGUCUGUCUACCCUCGUGGAUUUCUUCCAACAGCUAAAGAUCCUACGUGCAAACGAAUUAUUAAAAUAAAAUUGAACCAUUUGUUAGUCCCAAAAUGACCUAGUUUGUGUCAUAUAGAUGUUAAACCUCAUUUCUCACUCUCUCUUUUAAGCUUGUGAAUGUGAAUUUUAAAAUCUUGAUGGUAAUGUUCAUUUGGUCAGGUGACCUGACAAACUGCCAUCUAUGUUUUAAUAUGAGGGGUGAGUCUAACACAGAAAGAAACAAGAAAUUCAAAUCAAAUGCAUUUAUUUUUCAACAUAGUCCCUCUUCAAUGUAAUACACUUCUGCCAUCGGUGUUGCAGAGCCUUUAUUCCAGUUCUGUAGAAAUCUUUGUCUUGGGUGUGUAGAAAAUCAUCCACAGCGGCAAUGACGUCAUCGUCAGACGGAAAAAGCCUACCGGAAAGACAUUUCUUCAGAGCAGGAAACAGAUAGAAGUCAGAGGGAGCUAAAUCAGGAGAGUAGGGUGGAUGCUGAAGAAGAUGAAAACCACAGUCAUGGAUUGCUGACAUGGCAACAGCUGAUUUGUGCACUGGCGCAUUGUCCUGGUGGAAAAUCACACCUUUGGUCAGCUUUCCUCGUCUUUUGGUCUUAAUUUCUUGCCUCAACUGCCUUAUAAGUGCUGCAUAGUAUCUACCGUUAAUUGUUUGACCCUUUUGGAGGUAAUCCACCAUGAGAACACCCUCAGAAUACUGAGGCCAUCACCUUUCUUGCCGAAGAAACAGUCUUUGCCUUCUUUGGGGUCGGCGACGUCACAUGUUUCCACUGUUUUGACUGCUCUUUUGUUUCUGGCUGAAAGUGGUGGACCCAAGUUUCAUCCAUAGUAACAAUUUGUUUUAGGAAGCGGUCAGGAUCGUUUUCAAAUAAGGUUAGAUUCUCUUCUGACAUGAUGUGUCUUGAACGCUUUUGAUCAGGCGUCAAAAGCUUUGCACCCAUCGUUCUGAAACCUUUGUCAUUUCCAACCAUUUCAGGUGUUGACACAGUUUUUGGUCGACCAGGGCGUGGUUCGUCUUCAAUGCUGUCUUGGCCACGCUUGAAUUCAGCUGACCACCUUUUAAUUGUGGCAUAUGAAGGAGCAUCAUCUCCUAAUGUCUCAACCAUAUCAUCAUGUAUGGCUUUCGGUGUUAGACCCUUUUUAUGCAGAUACUUAAUCACAGCUCUCGCUGAUAACAACAGACCCUACUUGAUUGUUAUGACCUGUCACAAUCAAACAGUUUAACCGAAUGUGAUGAAAGUUUUUGACAGAGCCUGGGGAACAUAAUAGUGCAUGUGCAAAACGUGGUAUCAUUGUGUUGCACGGUUUUCCAAUUGAGGCUCACUACUUAUCAAUCACCCCUCGUAAACGUAAUGUUGAUUAUGUCUCUUCUCAAACUCUGUAUUUGCCUUUUCUAUCUUAUUUUCCUUUAAGAUCUGUCUAAUAAAAAUAUUUGAUUUUCAGCAGCUAAAUAAAAGAUCUCAUUAGUGUAAAUUUGUAAUAACUGUGUUCUAGUCUGUAGUCUAUAUAUGUAUGUAUUACAUCUACCUUACAUAAUGAAGUUAUCCAUAAAUAGGCAUAUAUGUAGGCCUGCUGUCCAACUGAUAUUUCGAAAUAAUUUACAAAGAACACUUUUUAUUUGAAUGCUUGGAUCAAAGAUUUCUAAUGAAUUAUUGACGAAAUAUCUAUAUGUUAUAUUUAUGUACUUAAAAUUGUUUUAUAAGAUAAAAAAUGUUGAUUAAUGGAA